UUUUAUAUAAAAAUGGACGAAGGCUGGGACAAGAUCAGUAGGUAUAGGGAUACUAUGAGCAAAUUGUAUGAUCAGGAGACAAGCUCAAACUUAAGAGCGAAGAGGGUCACUAAGACGAUGAACCAGAUUAAGAGAGUUCUUGUCAAAUAAGAAACUUAACGCAACGUAUAUACCGGUGGAUGAUAUUUAUGUCAUGAAUACUGCUAUUGAUACUGUAGCACAGGAAAAUUUGAGGAAGUUACUUCAAAUGGAGAAUGAUCUUAGAAAUGAUAGGAUCAGUCGUGACCAAUAUCAUCAGAAAAUGAAGCAGUAUUGGCGCUGAGGGCUUCUAGAUCAUCCUAAAAAUAAAAAUUAUGAGCUUAAAGGUUAUUACCAGAAUAUUAAUGAUGACUCACAAGAGGCCCCAAAGGCUAAGAAUUUUAAAUAAGUUGAUAGAGCGGCUCAAAGCAAUGGAUAAUCCUCCGGAAAUUAUUCAGCAUUGUCCUACAAAACAAAAUAUAGGGACCACUUCUGAAGAUGAUUCUGAAAGCAUCUCUUAUACUCUUUCCAAAAUAACUGAGGAAAGAAAUAUGAAAUUUCCCAAUGAAAUUAACAAAGAUGUAAGUGGCAAACUAUCCCUUGUGGCACAGAAGAAGUCCAGAAAUUGUAGUUCAAUGCCCAAGCUGAAGACAGAAAAUCAGCAAAAGUUGACUCAUCUUCAGAGGCACAAAAUCAUGAACGAAAUGUUCUCAACCAAGCCAAGAGCAAAGCCUACUGCUCUUGAGUCGAUUAAUGGCUCUUUAAAACGAGAGCAAUUAGACAAAUACAUCUGAAAAUUAUACAAUAAUAAAAUGAAAUAAUGCUAUUUCUAAGGCAAAAUCUCGUCAAAAGAAGGAAAUAGAGGCAUCAAACAUCCUCUAUAAACUCAGAAAAAAUUCACAGCCAAAAUUAAAGAAAAAGUUCAAAAUUGGAGUAAAGGAACCGAAGAAAAAGAAAGGGAGGAACCAGAGCUUGCCAGAGAUAGAUUAUGCUUCUCACAAUGAUAUUUUCACCCCAUCUCCAAAUUUUCGGAGAAGGAUAGUGGUGGAUAUGGAAAAUCCUGCUGCUCCUCUUCCUCUAGGAAAGUCCUACACAAUGAAAAUGCAGACGAGAAAGAAUGAAAAAUUGUAUGAUGUCCUUGGAGAUAGCAUUUCUUACAUAAAAGCCCAAGAUGAAGUUCAAUUGCCCAGCAAGCCUGCUUACUCCAUAUUCAACUUACGUAAACUAAGUCAGAACAGUAUGAGCAUGAUGACCGAGAUCACGCAGUCUAAAAAGCCUGAGUCUACCUUAUCAAAGAUCAUUCAGGACUGUGAGUCCACAUUGGCUAUUAAAUGCAAAAGGCCAAAAGGGCUCAUACUUGACCAGCUUGGCAAAAGGAUUGAAGUAUUGCAAGAGAUCAACAGGCAAUUAGAUUUCUAAAAUAUCCUGAAA